AUGGGGUUCUUACUUACGGAAUUGGUGAGCGCCAUCCCGGAAGCUGGAGGACACGCGUAUUGGGUCGCUCUGGCGUUCGGACCGGCGUGGGGACUACAAGCCGGUUUUUGGGCGUGGGUGGGGAACUGCAUGCACUGUGCGGCGUACGUGUCGCUUGGAGUUAAUGUCGUUUAUCGAGUGGCGGGGUGGGACAACAUGCCGGUGUUGGAGUACACACUGCGAGCAGGUAUUAGCAUGCUUCUGUCGCUAGCAAGCUUCUUUCAGCUGCGGGUUGUGGGAUACGCUGCUGGAUCACUUAUGGUGUUGAUCCUAGUGCCGUUUCUGUUGAUCGCAGUCUGGAGCGCCGUGAGAGCAGAACACUGGGACGAAUUGGGUGAGAUACCUGAUGCCACGAUGAAAGCCCAGAGCACGCACAUCGGGUAUGGGAAUCUAGUGACAGCGCUGGCGUGGAACUUCAACGGCUACCAGAACCUGUCGGUCUUCGCGAAAUGUGUGCGAGAUCCGCCUCAGACAUUCCGUCGCGUCAUGCUCAUAUCGCUGGCGCUCAUCCCGCUGUCGUAUCUCGUGCCGGUUGUUCCUGUUAUUGCACUACGUGAACCAGACUGGACAACGUGGAUAGGAUCGAGUUCAGCUAUCUACAAUGCCGGCAAAUACCUGGGUGGCUCCAUGUGCACGGUCUGGAUCACAGUGUUGUCCUUACUGUGCGACGCUGGACUCUACAUCGGCAGUCUACUCUGCAGCGUUUUCCUGGCUUGUGGCAUGGCCGAGAAGGACUUUGCGCCAUUCUCUCUCCGCUUCUCAGGAAUGGCACGGCCCAGCGUUCACGGCAUCGACCACAGCGUCAUCUUCUGCAGUCUCGCCAUCAUCCUCAUAGUCGUGACCACGACGAUCGAAGACAUGAUUCUCAUUUCCAACGCCUUGUCCGGACUGGAAACCAUGGCACUUAUCGCAGCUGCAGUCAGACUCCGCGUGACGAUGCCCGAUCUUCCUCGCUCGACUUAUUUAUGUGGGUCGUCACACCUGGUGCUCCUGACAGCAUCGCUAUUGGUACCAUUUACGGUUUCAGCGUUUGUGGUGAUCUGGGCCUUCACAGAGCUCAUUCCAGCCGUGCUGACGGGCGUUUUCCUCUUCAGUGGCAUCAUCUACGGCCUCCAAUCCGACCUCAAGGACUUUCAGCACACGUACGAAUCCAUACAUGAACGUACAAGGAACUAA